UUGCUUAUUUUUUCCCUUUCCAAGUCGUUUAUGUGAAACUUGUCUAACCUUUCGCCAACGUCUUAAAACCCUACCCCUACUCGGCCAUCUUCUCCCGGGAGCUCCACCACGACCUUCAUGGCUUCCACCGCCGACAGCGGCGCAAAACUGGCAGGCCUCGACUCCCUCCACCGGUUGAAAUCGACAGAACCACCUUUCUUCCUCUCGCCGUCACCGGACCUCUCACAGGCUGCUCGAAUAGCGUCGCGGUACCUAUACUCAUCUCUCAAGCCAUUCGCUCCCAAAUCUCCGUUCAGUCACCUGUUGACCGAAGGGUUUGACGCCGAGCAGAUAUGGCAGCAAAUUGACCUGCAAUCCCAGCCCCUGCUCCUCUCCCUUCGCCGCCACGUCAAACACUUUGAGAAAAACCCUGAAGAGAUUGAGAAACAAUUCGACUUGGGGAGAGAGAGCUUUAGGGAAAAUCGAAAAGAAGAGACUGAAGAUGGGAAUGGGGAUGGGGAUGAGGAUGAUAAAUUAGUGAGUAAAGAAGGGGAGGAGAUUGAUGAUUUAGAGAGUGAGAACGAGGGCUUUGAUGAAGACGAAGAGGAGGAGGAUGGCGGUGACGAUGACACUGAUGUUGAAAUGGAAGACGAGGACAUGGGAAAUGAAAAUGGCGUGGAAGAUAAGUUUUUGAAGAUAAAGGAAUUGGAGGAGUAUUUGGUCGACGAUGAGGAGAAGGAAUAUGGAUUGAAGAAAGAGAAGAGGAAGAGGAGGAAGAUACGUGAAAUUACGAAUGAGGAUGAAGAUGACGAGGAGGACGAUGAAGAUGAGUACAAUGAGCUUGGAUUGAUCGGGCUUGAUGAUGAGGAUGAAGAUGAAGAAGAAGAUGGCAAUAAGAUGGAAAGUGCAAGGUAUGAGGACUUUUUUGGUGGUAAAAGAACUGGUCAGGGGAAGAAACCUAAAGUAUUAAGUGGAUCAGAUGAUGAUGGCGACAAUAAUCAGAAGAAAAACAACCUUUCUACGCAUGAAAAAGAGCUAGAAAAGCUCCGUUCUGAGAUAGACGCAAUGGAGAAAGCGAAUUUAGAGCAAAAAACCUGGAUGAUGCAGGGUGAGGUAACUGCUACUAAAAGACCAAAGAAUAGUGCAUUGGAAGUUGAUCUGGAAUUUGAGCACAAUGUCAGACCUGCCCCUGUAAUCACAGAAGAGGUCACUGCAUCCCUUGAAGAGUUGAUUAAAAAACGCAUCCUUGAGGGGUGUUUUGAUGAUGUCCAGAAGCCCCCUUCUUUACCAUCCAAGUCACCGAGAGAAAAAGUUGAAUUGGAUGAGAAUAAGAGUGGAAAGGGCCUUGCUGCACUUUAUGAGGAUGAAUAUGUUCAGAAGACUGGCCUUGUUUCAACAGCUUUGUCUUUUAAAGAUGAGCAAAAGAAAGAAGCAAGUUUGUUAUUUAAGAAACUGUGCUUAAAAUUGGAUGCUUUAUCCCAUUUCCACUUCACUCCGAAACCAGUCAUUGAGGACAUGUCCAUACAAUCAAAUGUUCCUGCCUUGGCAAUGGAAGAGAUUGCACCUCUGGCAGUCUCUGAUGCAGCAAUGCUUGCUCCUGAGGAAGUGUUUGCUGGCAAAGGAGUCGUUAAAGAAGAAACAGAGCUAACCAAGGCAGAUAGGAAAAGGAGAAGGUCAAACAAGAAAAGAAAAUUCAAAGCGGAGGCUACAAAACGGAUGGCAAGAAAGGUUCAACAAAACUUGGUGACGAACAGUGCAUCUGGCAAAGAAGAGUUAUGAGUUUCAUUAAAGGAAUUCUUUAAAGAACCGUUUCUUGCCUUGGCCAUGGUAGUUGCGUGUCAAAGUUUUGGUUUUUCUGCUAUGUUGUGUUCACCAGAGGGCCAACGCAGAGAAGGAAAAAAGCUCAAAAAAUGUUGAUGAAACAUAGGUGUUGAAAAAGUAGAAUCUUUAAGCUUUUUCGUGUGCAAAAUCCGAACAUUGAUUACCUUAAUACAGCUUUGUAUUGCGAAAUAUUUUCCAACUAGUGCUCUAAUAAUUAAUUUAAUAUACUUAAUUGUUCUCCAUCUAAAA